GAACAGCUUUACUACCCUGCAUAUGCACAACCAGCCUUCAAUAAACACCACGAAGAAGAAGACAAGAAAGAAGCCCUCAACAUGUCGUCGUUGAAUGACAGAUCAGUUUGGGAUGAGGAUGGCAUCGGAGAGGAAGUCCUCAAAAUGUCCACUGAAGAAAUUGUUCAGCGGACGCGUCUCUUGGACAGUGAGAUUAAGAUCAUGAAGAGCGAGGUGUUGAGAGUGACGCAUGAGCUUCAGGCCAUGAAGGACAAAAUCAAGGAGAACACGGAGAAGAUCAAAGUCAACAAGACCCUCCCUUACCUGGUCUCCAACGUCAUCGAGCUGUUGGAUGUGGACCCCAAUGACCAGGAGGAGGACGGGGCCAACAUCGACCUUGACUCCCAGAGGAAGGGCAAGUGUGCCGUCAUCAAGACCUCCACCAGACAGACAUACUUCCUGCCCGUCAUUGGAUUGGUGGACGCUGAGAAGCUGAAGCCUGGUGACCUUGUGGGAGUGAAUAAGGACUCGUACCUGAUCCUGGAGACGCUGCCUACAGAGUACGACUCCCGUGUGAAGGCCAUGGAAGUGGACGAGAGGCCCACAGAGCAGUACAGCGACAUCGGAGGCCUGGACAAGCAGAUCCAGGAGCUGGUGGAGGCCAUUGUGCUGCCCAUGAACCACAAGGAGAAGUUUGAGAACCUGGGCAUCCAGCCGCCCAAAGGGGUGCUGAUGUACGGACCCCCCGGAACUGGCAAGACACUGCUGGCCAGGGCCUGCGCUGCUCAGACCAAGGCCACUUUCCUGAAGCUGGCGGGUCCCCAGCUGGUGCAGAUGUUUAUUGGUGACGGUGCCAAGCUGGUGCGGGAUGCCUUCGCCCUGGCCAAGGAGAAAGCCCCCUCCAUCAUCUUCAUCGACGAGCUGGACGCCAUCGGCACCAAGAGGUUUGACAGUGAGAAGGCUGGAGAUCGUGAGGUGCAGAGGACCAUGCUGGAGCUCCUCAACCAAUUGGACGGCUUCCAGCCCAACAUGCAAGUCAAGGUGAUUGCUGCCACCAACAGGGUGGACAUCUUGGACCCUGCUCUGCUGCGUUCGGGUCGUCUGGACCGUAAGAUCGAGUUCCCCAUGCCCAACGAGGAGGCCCGCGCACGCAUCAUGCAGAUCCACUCACGCAAGAUGAACGUCAGUCCUGAUGUGAACUACGAGGAGUUGGCCAGGUGUACAGAUGACUUCAACGGAGCCCAGUGCAAGGCCGUCUGUGUGGAGGCGGGUAUGAUUGCGCUGCGUCGGGGGGCCACAGAGCUGAACCAUGAAGACUACAUGGAGGGAAUCCUGGAGGUCCAGGCCAAGAAGAAGGCCAACCUGCAGUACUACGCCUGAACACCAGGGGGAGACCUGGGACUACGUUUGUGGGUCUGGGGGCAUUUGUACGAGUGUAUGUGCGUGUGUUUGAAUGCGUAUGUGUGUUUGAGUGCCUGUGUGUGUAUGUUUGAGUGCGUGCGCGUGUGUGUGUGGGAAGUGUGCCAGGCGACCAGGCGUUCCGUGUGAUCUCUCCUGACCUGACCUUUGACCCUAAGACAGUUGAUGUUUUAUAACCUUACUCACCUAAAGAUAUUUGAGUAUCGAGCCCUAACUGUAUUCUGGGCUGCAUCGAAAGCAACUGGUAUGCCAUCACACUUAGACCUUCUAUUGUUAUGAUGAGAAUAAAUAAAACCGUUUUUCAUUGA